AUGGCACCACGCAAGCCCUGUCCGCCGGCCGUCGCACGCCCUGCGCGCACGCGCUCCGUGCCGGCCUCGUUCAACUAUCGCACCCCUACCCCUCGAGUAGCUCCUCCACGUCCUGGCUGGCUCCAUCGCAUCGCCAAAGUCCGUGUCACCGUUGGAGCCGCCAUGCACGCCCAGCGGCGCAACGUCGUCCGCGGGCUCGCGGUGCUGGCGUGCGCCUAUGUUGCUCGGAACCUGCGAGCGUGGGCGACGCAGGAGCCUUCGCCCCUUGUCACUCGCUGGCGCCAACAUCCCCAGUGGAUGCACACGUCGUCCUCCUACGCCGUCCUAGGCCUCCAUCCGCCCCUUGAUCCCAGCUGGGUCCCCCCGUACCGCAUUGUGCGCGUCGCCAUGCGGAAGCAAUCAGCAAAGUGGCAUCCCGACAAUUACCGCGAGAACGGGGUAGACCAGGCUACAGCAAGGCGUAUCUGGAGCGUGUUCGCAUCGGUACUGGACCAUUUCGACAAUUUCUACCGCAAUCCUGCGUCCAUGCGAGCGCGCUGGGGCGAUCACGGCGGCCUCUUGAAUCCAGUGGACACUGGACUGCCACACUGGAACAACAAGACCGAGGGCGCGUUCGAGGCGCUGUGGGCCCUAUUCGUGGAGAUGGUGCACGCAGGGGCAACGCCGCCCCAUCGCCAGGCAAAGGCGCCCCAGACCGAGGCCGAAGCCGCGCUCUACCAUCCACGCACCUGGCGCCAUGUGAUUGAGGGCCUGAAUCCCCGUCGCUCGCCCAUCCCCCCCUUGGGGAUCGCCCGCUACUACACGUGCUUCAACAACUCACCCUCGUACCACCCCAUCAUCGUGUUCCGGCGAUUCCUCAGCAUGUUCGCCUUGGUUCCCACCAUGUGGAGCGAAGAGGAGAAGGAAAGGUGGGCGGAUUGGCUCCUCGACGUUGACUUGGCGCCAUACCAUCCCAUGUGGCAGCGUUUCUUGUGUGGUUGGAGCAUGCAUGACGAGUAG